AUACGAUCUGUCAUUAAUCAUCAUUAAUCAUUAUUUAUAUUUGAUAAAUGGCAUUAUAGUUUUUAGAGAGUUGUCAAUAUAGAAAAAUAAAAUAGUUCCUAAUAAUGUCUGAUAGUAUCACGUUUAAAGCACAAGCUUAUUGUAAAAUAAUUUUACAUGCUUCAAAAUAUCCACAUUGUGCCGUAAAUGGAAUUCUACUUUCUAAAAUAGCAUCAUCCAAAACAAAAGAAAUAACUUUUGAAGAUGCAAUACCCCUUUUCCAUAUAGGUCUUAAUUUAACACCAAUGGCAGAAGUUGCUCUAGCACAAAUUGAUGAACUUGCUUCUAAAAAUGGCUUCUGUAUUUCUGGGUACUAUACUGCUCAUGAAAAUUUAAGAGAAAACUCUUUUGAGAAAGCGGAGGGUAAAAUAUCAGAUAAAAUAACUUCAAACUUCAAUCACCCUUGUCUAGUUGUUGUGGAUAAUACCAAAGUUGGAACCAACUGGAAAUUAGCAUUGAAAGUAGCUCAGUUCAGUGAUGGAGCUUAUAGACCAUGUGAUACAAAUAGAGUAUCUUUAAAACCAGAAAAAACCCUUGAUAUUUGUAAUCAACUAAUUUACGAAGAAAAAUACACAAUUUUAAAUGACUUUGAUAAUCAUCUUGAUGAUAUAAAAUUGGACUGGUUGAAUCUUGCAUUGAAUAAAGAAAUUGAAGGACAUUUAUAAUUCAAUAAAAAUAAAGAUUGUAAAGAAGAAUAAGGUGAUUAAUAUAUAUUCUUGUGCAUUAUAUGAGUUAGCAGAUGAUCUGGUCAACUAUUAUUUCAUCAAUCAAUUUUGUGCUUUAUCAAGUUAUUCAUAAUUGAAAUAAUUUUUAAUGUAUAUUUGCUACACUUUGCUGUCUUUUAAUGACUUUAUAUUGAUCUUUAGUAAACCUUCAGAAAUUCAAUAUGAUCAUUAAAAAGGUAGCUAGAGUGAUAUUAGCUGAAACAUUCAGAAGCAUAGAGAGGAUUAUUUGUUAGUUCAUCAAAUAUAUUUUUAGUAUAAGUAGCAAAUCUAAAAUAUUUGGGAAUAUCUGAAUGAUAAAAUUAAUUUAUGUGUUUUUUAUGAAUGCAAUUCAUGUUUCACAAUAAAUGGAUGAGACAAUAUUGAAUUUUCAAAUUUGGAGAAUAUAUGAUUUCAACCAAAAUAAAAUUUAUGUCUUGCAAUUUUUAUAAUUCUCCCUUACCUUCAAGGAUAAAAUUUUUAAUUUUUCCUAAAAUUUUCACAUCUUUUUCUUUAUGAUUGAAAAAAUAAACAUUUGAUCGAACUGAAACUUAGAAAUCAGUUGCAAAAUAGUUUAAUAAAUAUUCAUGCUAAAUUUAAUGAGGAUUAAAUUGUUGAAUUUAUCUAGCAAUUCCAUUGAAAUUAAGUGUGCAUCUAAAGUACAUAAAUAAAGUGAAUCAUUCAAAAAUUCACCUUUGUCACUUUCACAGCAAAAAAAAUAAUCCAGUCUGAGGUUUCUUGCACCAAACGAUACUUUGCACUUUUCAAAUGAACUAUUUGAAUGAAAAACAUUCAGAAGUCAAGGAAGAACUAAAGUAGUUAGGUGCAAUAAGCCCCUGAUAACCCUCUGUACCAUAGGAUAUCUUUAUAAUUCUUUCGGUUAUUUACAAGAAUGGUUGAAGAUGCAACAUUUAUUGGAGUGGUUUGUCAGAUUAUUUUUAAGAAAUGUUCCAAUAUACGAAUGUCCUAAAAUAAAUUUUUUUCAAUA